UGUGGAUAAUUUUGACAGUGACAGUUCUUGUUCUUACUUAACCUCUCACGUGAAACUUCAUACAAGAAUAUUUUUUAAAAUCACUUAAAAAACGAAAUUGAAAUGAUAAAUUACGAGUUGCUGUUAUUAUUACGCGUCAUGCCAAAGCCUGAAACUAAACAAGUUCUUCAUAGAGUUGCGGAACAAAUAUUUGAUAAAGGAGGUAUAAUAAGAAAACUAGAGAAUUUGGGAACGAGAAGAAUGCCAUAUAAAACUAGUUCUCAUGGCAUAGUGCAUCAUCAAGCGAGUUAUUUUCUUUUGGAAUUUAAUGCUCCACCUAGUUCUCUACAUGGACUGGCAGAUGAAUAUGUUAGAGAUGUAGACAUUAUCAGAAAAAGAAUAUAUAAACAAGUAGAACGUGAACCCUUUGAAUGCACUUUACAUGAUGAAAUGCAACCAGCUCCUUACAGAAAAGAUGUGCAAGACUUAAUUGCAACAACCAAAAAAUCCACCAAGCCUAGAUUUAGUUAUAACUCGGGCUUGGAUUAUUACCCAUUUGGAAAAUAGACUAUUUUACUUCAUAUUAUUUGUAGUGUAGAUUUAAUAAAGUAAAUAUAAGAAAUUA